AUGAACCAAAACCUGCGUUACAUUCACAAGCUUUAUACGUUAGUAAAACGACGUCGCGCGGUGACCCCCAGCCGCGAGCACAUAAAGAGCCGAAUCUCGUGGAAAAUAAGAAGACCCGCCACCACUGGCAACAGAGCUCGAAAUUCGCUUCGCUCUGCUCCAAUCCAAAUCUCUCUUCUCUCUCUUGCAGGGAAGAAGACACUUUAA